CAGCCCUAGCGAGCCCUAUCGCAUGGAAGGCAAACGUAAGAGAGGCGGCAAGAAGAAGACGAGGAAGAAGAAGGAUGCCAAGGUUCGUGUAGCAGCACCGCAUUCUAGUGAUGAAUCGGAGGAUCGCGGGGUGGAGAGCCCUGGUGUGGAAUUCGGGCUCGCAUUCGCAUCCAGGCACUGCGCCGUCCAGCCGCUGGGGAAUCUCCUCUUCACGGGCAAGCAAAAUAUUCGUGAUCCAGGGCUUGGGAGUCUCCAGCGUCUCAGCGAUGAGAUCGUCAGUGAUAUUUUGGCGCUGCUGGAUGCCAAGGAUCUGGCGCGGUCGGGCGUCUCGAGCAAGGCAUUCUAUGUUUUCAGCCACCAGGAAGCGCUGUGGCGGAAUCUGGUCCUCGCGGAGCUGAAAGGAGGAUUUUUGUUCCAAGGGAGCUGGAGAAAGACUUACGUCUCAGCUCGAUCGGCUUGGACAAAGGAAGAGGAUUUCUCUUCUCGAUCGGCUUGUACAAAGAAAGAGGAUUUCUCUCCUGUCAAGGUGGAAGACUUCUAUUCGGACUACUUGUUCCAGAGCUGGCUUUGUGCCAGUGUGGAGAUCAAAGACGAGUGGAUUUCCAGGGACAACAUCGAGCGCAGAAGCCACCUUUCAGUCGAUGACUUUGUACGCGAUUUCGAGAGGCUGAACAAACCAGUUCUUCUCACCGAUGCUAUCAACAACUGGCCUGCGCUGAAACGAUGGAACCAGGACUAUUUACUCGAUCUGUGUGGGGACGUAGACUUUGCUGCUGGUCCAGCUGACAUGACGCUCAGCAACUAUUUCGUCUAUGCGAAGUCCGUGAAAGAGGAGCGACCUCUCUACUUGUUUGAUCCAAAGUUCGGGGAGAAAGUUCCGCAGCUGGCUGCCGACUAUGAAGUUCCUGUGUACUUCAGGGAGGACCUUUUCUCGAUACUGGGGAAGGAAAGGCCCGACUAUCGGUGGCUUAUACUCGGGCCUGCAAGGUCUGGCUCCUCGUUUCAUAUUGAUCCUAACAGCACUUCGGCUUGGAACGCAGUGGUCAAAGGUUCCAAGAAGUGGAUCCUGUAUCCUCCGGGUGCUGUUCCUCCUGGUGUUCAUCCCAGCCCGGAUGGAGUGGACGUAGCAACUCCGGUGUCCAUCACGGAAUGGUUUAUGAACUUCUAUCACGAGACAAAGCGGGGCAAGCAUAAACCGGUGGAGUGCGUUUGCAAAGCAGGCGAAGUCGUUUUCAUACCAAACGGCUGGUGGCACAUUGUUAUAAAUCUGGAAGACUCGAUCGCCAUCACGCAGAACUACGUUAGCAGGAGCAACAUCCUGAAUGUUCUGGAUUUCCUUAACAAGCCAAAUUCCCAGGAUUUGGUCUCAGGAACAAAAGAUCGCGUUAACUUAUACGACAAGUUCAAAUCCAGGUACGAGGAGCUUCAUCCCGGGUCAUUGGAACAACUCCGGAACGAGAAAAGAGCUCAGGAAUCUCAAAAGAAGCGGUCUGUUUGGGAGAGUGUAACUUCUGGCGGUGAUUUUCGAUUCAAUUUCGGCAGUUGAAAACAGUAGAGUUGUCAAAGAAUAUUGCAAAAGUUUGUUAGAAACUUCUUACUCCAUAAGGGGUUGCAUUGCCUUUUUAAGCUCUUCAAGAACAAACUUCAUUGUCGGCCUGCUACUUCCGUCGAACUGUAAGCACAAAGCUGCCAAGUUUGCAA